CGUAGCAAAUCCAAGAUGGCGGCCACACGAGAAGUCAUUUCACUACAGUUUGGCCAUUAUUCUAACUUUGUAGGCACGCAUUUAUGGAAUAUCCAAGAAGCAUCUUUCAGUUACGAUCCUAGUGGUUCAAAGAAGAGUGACGUGAAUCACGAUUGCUUUUUUCGCGAGGGAAAGACCAUUGAUGGCGACGAGACUUACACUCCUCGUCUGUUGUUGUUUGACUUGAAGGGCAGUUUGAGGAACUUGAACGUCGAAGGAACGCUUUAUCCAUCAUCUUCCAAAUCUGUUGAGUGGCCAGGAGAAGUUACAGUGUACCAGUCAAACAUAGAGCCUAAAAAUGAAUUCCAAAUGGACAUCGAAGAGGAAGAAAUGUUAUCAAAUCCUCUGACAAAUGACAAAACUGAAGCUCAAGAACAUUCUGCGAUUUGUUCAGGCCGUAAUAAAGUGUACGAUCUCGAUGAUCAUGUAUUUGUUUGGUCAGACUUCGUAGGAACUCAAUAUCAUCCUAAAAGUGUGAACAUUAUUAAAGAAUAUAUGCAUGUGGCUGAGCACUUCGCAUUCGAUACUUUUGGUUAUGGACAAAACUUGUACAUCAACACAGACUUUCGCGAUGAAUUCGAGAAUAGCUUGCAUUUCUUUGUCGAAGAGUGUGAUCAGCUGCAGGGUUUCCAGAUCCUAACAGACAUACACAAUGGCUUUGCAGGUCUUUCCUCUCAGGUUAUCCAAGACCUUGCAGAUGAAUACAGCCCAAAAUCUAUAAUCACCUUUGGUUUACUACCAGCAACGCUUCCAGGAAGUACCAACAUGAAAGCAGCCCACAGACUAUUGAAUAUUGCUCUGAGUUUUGAUCAACUCAGCUCAAACAGUAGCAUGCUUACUCCUCUAUCCCUGGCACAGCAAGGAUGGCUACAAACUGGGAAUCCAUCAGUAUUUCCAUAUUUAACAUACAAGGAUUACCUAUCCUACCACACAAGUGCAAUCCUGGCUGCUACAAUAGAUACUCUCUCCCUCCCCUACCGUCUCAGCUCCCCUCUCAAAUGCCACAUGGAUGAUAUCACAAAAUGUUUGACUUUUGGUGGAAGAAAACUCACAAGUGCUUCGACAUCAUUUCCUCUCCCCAUUGGAUAUGACCAUCAGCUUGGUGCUCUCUUAGACUCUGCUUUUUACUCAAAAGACUCCAAGCUAUUACUGCCUUUGACUCCAAAUGUCGAGCAAGUAACAAAUUUGAUGUCCCAGGUUUCUAUUUUUAGAGGUGGUAGCCCAUCAAUUCCUCAAAAUGCAAAAGUGGCUCAACCGUCAAAGAAAUUUAAGAGUUUGAUGGAUGGCUGUCAAUCAAACUUAGAAAUACUAAAUAUAUUUUCUCAGGCAUGUAAUCCAUCAGGUGCCUGUUCAAACUGGGUGAGUGACCAAGCAUGUAAGGUGGAACCCCCUUUUCCAGGAAUCUUCACUCCCAGUGUAUCUAAGAAUGGUUUUGUCCAGGAAGGAUUCCAAAGGGACCACAAUUGUAUCGUUGAGCAGGUCAGCGUGUUGUCUAGCCUUGGUAUGUCAAAAUCAAUUGGAAACAUGCUCUAUUCAAUCACUAACUGGGCAAAAAAAGUGGAUAUCAAGAAACAUAAUUCCUUCAUUGAAAGUGGUUUGGAAUAUGAGACUUUUAUGAAUGUGCUGGUUGAUCUGGAAAGCCAUGCUCAUAAUUAUGAAAAUCCAUGAUUGUAUUCAUAAAUAAAUACAGAAUUAUCAACAUUAUGCUUCAGGAGGAGUUCUGUUUCAAUAGAGACUCUGGUGUCUAAAGCUACAGCUCUUACCUGGUCAUAACUAAAGAUAAAAUUCAACUCAGGUCAAGGAUCUAUAAAAUAUCUUGUGGAAGUACAAGUCAACGACACGAGUGAAAAACGUCUGCGCAUGCUCUGAAUCCAUAUGCAAAUUACUCAAAACAUGUAAAUUUGACUUUCAAACAUGCCUGAUAAAUUGGACUUCACAAAAUGCCAAAACUUAGUGUCCAUGCUUGAAACUUAAGGGUGAUUCUUUCAUAUUGUGUUUGUAAUACAGUAUCUUGGUCUGACAAAAGUACUGUAUACUCGCGAAAUUUUUUGUAUGCUUGGAGAAAACAAACAUUUUUUUUCUUACUCAAACUCUUCAAAAUUCUUAGAAAACGUGCUGAAGUGCACGCAUGUGCAAGCGUUUUUUCCUGGUGUGCAGGUCAACUCCAUUAUUUAUGGUUCUGACACAGACAAAAGUGAACCAAUCAUCCCUGCAGCUGUUUUCCCAGUGGGAUUAAAAUCUUGUCCCACAAACAACUAAACAGAAUCUGUUUUAAAGAGUACUACAACGAUUACGAGGAAUAUUUUUCUUCUAUUUUCACAAGACAGCAAACAAUAGAAACAAUGUAUAUUCAAAUUGAGUAGGUAUCAUGUUCAUUUAUAAUAUAUUUUUCACAAUCAAUUGAUUUUUAUAGUUAAAUUGUCAUUUUGGUCUCGCUAUCAUGGUAAAAACCUGAUUUUUAGAGCUAAUUUGCUUCUCGAAGUUCUGAUUGUAAUGAGUUUUUGAAUGUCCACACUUGUCCUCCAAAAUGGAAGAAUAUUAUUUUAUGAGCCAUGAAAGAUCUUGGAGAUCUAAGCAUUUAAAAUGUCAACAGUUGUCCUCCAACAUGGCAAAAUAUUGUUA